UUACUGUCUGUUGUAAAAUAGAGGGUGGGGAUUUGGGGGUGCAUUUUGAGUGACAACAUUGUAACAUAUUAACAUUAUACAGUGUAAAUAAACAUCACAAUAGAAUAUAAAUAAGAUCACAUAUCGUGAAGAUUUCAGUUUCCUAAAAAUGAAUACUAAGAAGAAGAGAGUCUUGGGAGUUCUGUCUUCUGUAAUAUGAUGCCAUGUAGUCUAUUGAAAGUCAACUGACAUUUGAGAAGAACAUGUUGCCUCCUCCUUCAGGAUUAAAGAAUGAGCUGGGCAGGAAACCAGCCUGAAGCAGGUUGCAAGCAGAGCCUUGCUUGUGGCAUGUCACUCUAACAUUUUGGCUGACUUUCAAUGGAUUACACAGCAUUAUAUCCCAGAAGAUAGAACUCCUUACAGCCACUGCUGUGAGAACCUCAGAUCCAGUAAGAAGAGAGUCUGUUUUAAGGUCAGUUUACAACAGGUGAAACUCUGAAGAAUAUAUUUUGCUUCUCUGAACUAUACAGAGAUCAAUACGAUUAGUGUGCUGAAAGAUGUGUUUGAAAGACAUCACAGGAUUUGUGAUCUGUGUAUGGUAAUUUCUGCUACUUAUCUGUGUGCUGUCUGUCAGUGAGGAAUUAAAUGACAUGAAAAUAAGUUCUCUUCGUUCUCAUGGACUCUCUGCAUUAUACAUAUAUCCAGCUGUGCCAUAUAUUCUGUGGCUUUCUCAACCAGCAGUAUCUGCUGCAACAGGACAUAACAUAGGCUUGAGCCAGUGAAGAGGCCAGCAAGUUAAUAGCAGGGAGAAGUAAAACAUACAUCUUCUACUACCCAGGAUGGAAGAACCUUACGCUUCUUAUGAGUCAGAGCUGCAGAGCAGUUUGGAUUGAAGCCAGCCAUGGAGUUUGCUGAGCUGAUCCUGGUCCCUAAGCUUGAUGGGGUCACAAUGCAUUGGCCAUUCCAAAAACCAGUUGAUGGCACACUCUGCAUCACAGGUCACCAUCUCAUACUGUCCACUAGGAAAGAGUGUUGAGGAACUCUGGCUCCUUCACCAUAAUGUGGAUGCAGUGGAAAGGAGAAUCAGUGGAAUGCAGGGGGGAAGUCUGAUCAUCAAGUGUAAGGAUUUUCGAAUCAUUCAGUUGGACAUCUCUAACCCAGAUAAGUUUCUGAAAGUUGCCACCACUGUUGAGAACCUUUCGUCACUUGAUGAACCUACAAAACUGUACCCCUUCUUCUAUCGCCCUAUGUUCCCUAUUUUGGAGGAUGGUUGGACAUAAUUCUGCCCCGAGACAGAAUAUUCACAAUUGGUGACAAGUAAGGCAGAUGAAUGGAGGAUCAGCUACAUCAAUAAAGACUUCAUUGUAUGUUGCAUAUUGACUUUAUACAUAAUUGCAUAAUAGAAUAUUAUUUUAAAUUAUGUGAGGGUUGUACGAAAGAAAUCUGUUUGCAGUACUGCUAUUGAAGAUAUGCCAGCUGUCGACCAUGUGCUGUGUACCAGUAUGGGUGUAUCAGACCAAACAGGAACUGCAUGACAUUGCUAAAUACAAGCAUUCCAGUUGUGGAAUCCUUCCAGACAGGACCAAUGAGCUGUCAUUUAUUUCCAUCUGUGAACAGGUUUCAUUUGAACAGCACUCAUGUAGGUAUGUUACAUUACUGUCAUUUUGGAGGAACAUCAUGCCCUGCUCUUUGGUAUUGAAUAAUAAGCCAAGCAAAGAGCAAGCCAAAUGACUUGGAAAGGGCUAUUCUUCUCACAAUUCUAUUUCUAUGCUGUGAAAGAUAACCCAUGAAGGCAGAUCAGUCCACAUCCUGAUGAGGCUCUCAGGUUUUCCUUUCCUUCAUUUUUGCUAUCUACCAUUUUUGUGUACCCUCUACACCAUGCUGUAUUCAUCUCUUUCAUCUUCCUCAGUGGCCCCCUUUGCAUGCUGAACACCUGCUACAUUGUUCACCAAGUUACACAUCACUGUCAUUCUGUGUUAUGGUGUUGGUCAUGGGCUAAUUUGAGGUAGAUACUAUCUGAGAUUUCCAUGAAUGGACUGGGAAAAACCAUGACAAUCAUUACUUAGAAUAGCUGAACUCCAGGCCAGGAUUUGAGCCUGGGGCUCAAUUGAUGAUGUAUUAUCUUGGAAACAGCAUAUUGACCUAGUGAUCAGUAGAUUAUCCUCUGCAUGCUAUGCAUUGUGAAAUAUAAAACAUAUUGUAUCAUUUGCAAUGUUAAGGCCAAUCUACUUUGCUUACGUACACUUCAUCAUGAGUUACGGUAUGAUCUCCUGGGGUGGCUCCUCACAUGCCAGGAAAGUGUUUAUCUUGCAAAAGAAAAUCAUUAGAAUUGUAAGGAACACUAAACCUAGAGAUUCUUAUAGGGAUAUUUUCAAGAAAUUGGAAAUCAUGACGUUAUAUUCUCAUUAUAUAUACUCACUACUUUUAUACAUAAUUAAUAAUAAACAUUUAUUUAAUUUUAAUAACGAGAUUCAUGAAUAUACAACUAGAUCCCAAAGUAAUUUACAUGUACCUAGUGUGAAUGCUUCAAAAUUCAGUAAAGCGCCUAUAUAACAGGUAUUAAAGUGUUCAGUCAUCUUCCAUGAUAAAUAAAGAUUUUGGU